AGUUUGGAAACACCUCCUCAUUCAAGGAUGUAACUAAUCUUGAAGUCAGUGGAGAGGAAAGAGAGCGUCGUCCACCAGCUGGACAACAUCAGGAUGUCCGCAGAAAGGUUUGAGAAAAAGAAGACGAUAGAGUUGAGGAAGAAGCAUAUUGGGCCAUCUUGUAAGAUUUUCUUCAGCCAUGACCCAAUCAAGAUUGUACGUGCCAAAGGCCAGUACAUGUAUGAUGAAAAAGGGCAACGCUACCUCGAUUGCAUCAACAACGUGGCUCAUGUGGGCCACUGUCACCCAGAUGUGGUGAAGGCAGGAGCUGAGCAGAUGGAAAAACUCAAUACCAACUCACGUUUUUUGCAUGACAACCUCGUACUGUAUGCCCAGAGGCUGCAGGCAACACUGCCUGACAAACUGUCUGUGUGCUACUUUGUCAACUCUGGCUCUGAAGCCAAUGACCUGGCGCUUCGUCUGGCAUGGCAGUACACUGGCCACAAAGACAUCAUCACACUGGACAAUGCGUACCACGGCCAUGUUUCAUCCCUCAUUGACAUCAGUCCCUAUAAGUUCCACCAGCUGACAGAUGUAGAGAAGAACCCAUCAGUCCAUGUUGCUCUGAGCCCGGAUGUAUACAGAGGCAAAUACAGAGUGGACCACCCUGACCCUGCCACAGCAUAUGCAGAUGAAGUCAAAGACAUGAUACAUAAAGUCCAAAAGAAAGGAGGCAAGAUUGCAGCUUUUAUUGCUGAGUCAUUGCAGAGCUGUGGCGGGCAGGUCAUUCCCCCUGUGGGCUGCUACCAGCAAAUUGCAGAACAUGUGCGUAAGGCAGGGGGUGUUUUCAUUGCUGACGAAGUCCAAGUGGGUUUUGGGCGUGUUGGCACCCACUUCUGGGGUUUCCAGCUUCAGGGAGAGGACUUUGUGCCUGACAUCGUCACCAUGGGAAAGCCUAUAGGCAACGGCCACCCUAUGUCCUGCGUGGUCACGACCAAAGAGGUGGCAGAGGCCUUCAUGCAAACAGGAAUGGAGUAUUUCAAUACAUUUGGUGGUAACCCAGUGUCGUGCGCCAUCGGUCUGGCCGUGCUGGAUGUGAUUGUGAAAGAGGAUCUGCAGGGGAAUGCGUUGCGUGUGGGGCGAUACCUGACCGACCUGCUGCAAAAGCAGAAAGACAAGCACCCGCUGGUUGGUGAUAUCAGAGGUUGUGGCCUCUUUGUUGGAGUGGAGCUUGUGAAGGACAGAUUAAAGCUCACUCCUGCUACAGCAGAAGCCCAGGAAGUCAUCUAUAAGCUAAAGCAACAGCACAUUCUUCUUAGCGCUGACGGACCUCAUCGCAAUGUGCUCAAAUUUAAGCCCCCCAUGUGCUUCACUACUGAGGACGCUGACCUGGCGGUGGGACACAUCGACAACAUCCUCACAGAGCUUGAAGAGGCCUUGGGAUUGACGUUGCACAACACGGUGAAUGUAGAGAAUGAAAGCAGCAAAAGGAAGCUGCCAACUGAUGAAAAUGGACACCAGUAUCACAGUGGGUUAGUACACAACAAAGGGAGCAGUCAAGGAACCAAACGCCUCAAGACACAAUGCUGACAACAUCAACAUAGCUAAAGCACAGGUACAAGACACCCUAACAAAGGAAGAGGAAAUUCCGAAAUCAUAACCUCAGGAUGAUACCUACAGAGAAGAAAAUGUUAUUAUAUGAUAAAAUAAUGUACUACAUAUGCAGAUUGGCGUAUAUUUUUAAGGUAAUUUUGUAAAGCUUACAGGAAUCAAGCCAUUUAUUCAACAGAACAGCAUGUCUAUUGUGAGGGCUAAAAUUACUCUAAUGCUACUAAACCUUUAUAUCUUUUAUUUUAAUUUAUGCCAACAUUCACAUGCCCAUGAUUGUAAGGGAGUUAUAAAUGCUACUGCUACAUAUCACAAGUACUUACAAACAUGCAAUUGUGUUUGCAUGAGUAUCAAAAUACAGUUUUACUGAUUAUGAAAAAUGCUAACUGGAGCUGAAAGUGUGGAAUACUUGCACUGAAUAUUGCACAAUUUGUAGUGAAAUUGUUUGAAUAAAAUACGUUAUCAAAAUA